AUGUCUAAUCCGGAGGACUAUACUGUUGGUUGGAUAUGCGCUAUCACCACUGAAUAUGUUGCCGCCCAAGAGUUCCUGGAUGAGAAGCACGACGGCCCCGCAUAUCUACCGCCCCAUAGCAAAAACGAUUACACCUUGGGAAAAGUCUGGAAUCAUAACGUGGUUAUCUCCGUUUUACCUAUUGGGGAAUACGGCACGUCCUCGGCGGCUCGAGUGGCAGAAGAUAUGAUGCAUAGCUUUCCGAAUAUUCGCAUUGGCUUGAUGGUCGGUAUCGGUGGCGGCGUACCAAGCCGAAAACAUGAUAUUCGCCUUGGGGAUAUCGUGGUCAGCAUUCCUCGCAAUGGCCAGGGUGGUGUCCUUCAAUAUGACUUUGGCAAGACGAUUCAGGGCCAAAGCUUUCAGCCGACGGGUUUUUUGGACCAACCACCUACCAUCCUUCGCUCAGCAGUAAAUGGACUCGAGGCCCAAUACGAGAGCGAAGGGCACCAACUGGAUAACGCGGUUGACAGAAUUCUUGAGAAAAAGCCGCGACUACGGAAAAAGUAUCAGCGCCCAGAUCUAGCCAGUGAUCAGCUAUAUCGCAGUCAGAUUAUUCAUCCUGCAGGCAACGAUUCACCUUGUGCUUUAAGUUGCGGCGACGAUCUAUCUUGCUUAGUCGCGCGACCGCCACGCACCGAACAUGACGACAAUCCAGCGAUUCAUUACGGACUAAUCGCCUCGGCUAAUCAGCUUAUGAAAGACGCAUCUAUUCGAGACAAGCUCGCUGCUGAAAAGGAUGUUCUGUGCUUUGAAAUGGAAGCAGCUGGCCUGAUGAACCACUUUCCUUGCCUUGUCAUCCGAGGCAUCUGUGACUAUGCCGACUCGCAUAAGAACAAAGCGUGGCAGGGGUAUGCUGCUAUGGUGGCAGCAGCGUAUGCCAAAGAUCUUUUGCGCCGUAUUGUCCCCCAGAUGGUGGAACGUGAAGCUAAAAUUGUCAAUAUUAUCAAGGAAGGGGAUCACCAUACGCAUGUCGUGUUUGGAAACCAGAACCGUGGCUUCCAGGUUGGCGUGAACAAUGGACCUAUCAACGCGAGCUUUGGGGGCAAGUGA